GCCUAUUUGGUGGUAAGUUGUAAAGUAGCAGCACAUCUUUGCAGGUGCAUAUCAUCUUAUUCUGCUGGGUUGGAAACAGGAUGUGGUAAACUGGGCUCAGACACCAUGCUUUUUGAGCUUCCUGUUCACAUAACAUGGGCUGUUGGCCAUAAAGUUCAAAGAACAUUUUAUCUUAUAGGACAUGAGUUUUACAGCAAAGUUUGUUGCCUAAUGUGAGAUCUAUAUAGAUACCCAAUAUAAUUUCCACGGAAACAGGUUAUUUCUUACCAAGGUUGGAACACUACUGGUUCUGUAGGUAUUUAUAGAUGAAAAGUAUGAAAAGACCUAUGUGUAAUGGAAAUAAGAAUGCACACUCAGGAAAUGACCGGUCAUGUCAUCUUUCUUGCCCCCUUGACAUCAGUCAUCCCCUUAAUUUGAGUUAACAUUUAUUGGCUAGAUAUGUAUUUAAAACGCGGCAUAAGUUGUGUGAGAUGGGUGGUAUUCUUUGGAUUUUUCAUACCAACAUUUGAACUCAAGCUGUGCAAUGGUGAAUGUGGUAACAUGACAGUGGUCACAGGACUCUUGGACUCCACCGUGAUGCUCCCAUGCAGUUUUGACAACAGCACGAUAAACCCUGUGCUGUGGAGUAAAAAAGACGAGGACAGCAUCAUCCGCAUCAGCGGCUUAAACAGAGUCGAUUUCCUGAACAAUAAGAUGGGCAGAGUGAUUGUGUUCCCAAAUUUGUCGCAGAGAGGAAAUUUUUCACUCCGCAUUGACCGGUUCCAGGCUCCAGAUGUGGGUGUGUAUUGCUGUGAGCGGGGAAACCAGUGCAGGGGAGUGGAGGUCAAGCAGGGGCAGCGGAAUACUGCAAAGCCCAUUGAGACGGAAAAGACAGUGAAAGAUCUUCCUAUUGGAAUCUACAUCAUUAUUGCAGCAACUGUUAUCUUGAUUGCUCUUAUCCUUGCAUGUGGCUACAUGCUUAAAAACAAAUGGAUUUGUGUUAAUAGAGUUGAAUACAAUAUCAAUCACACCGAUAAUAAAGUCAACACCACAGCCAGCACCCAGCCCAGCGCCCCAUCUCAUCCUCAUGAGCAGCAAGUCACUCCAAACAACACCCCUCAGGACAGAGGAGACUCUAAUGAAAACAGUCGUGAGCUCACUUGGAGUGAGCUCCCCCCUGCUAAGCAGAACAAAAACAAACCUCACCAGGUGGUUGGUGAUGUCAUCAUUCCCCAUCGAGGUUUCUCAUAUUUUAACAAUGAUAUGCAGAGAGGAGGAAUCAUGGUUCACAGACCAGACAGUGUUGUGUAUGAAAAUAAUGAACAUGAUCCUGAACAUCAGCGAGUGGAAACAUCUCUUAAGACUAAUUUUGAAAGAGGUAUUCUGGGUCUUUCUGUUUCCAUUUUAGCUAUCAAAAUACAAGUCUUGGGAAUAUUGCUCUGCAAUGUAGGCCUAAAAUACUUUAUAUUUAUAAACAGAUAUCCGCAGUUCACCUCGGAAUCGGAUUUCACAUGUUGCCCAACCAAACUAUGGAUCUGAGAUUCGAAAUCCCAUCUAUGGCAACAGUACUGAGUGUCUGAUGCAGGAUGAGUGACAUCUAUCUUGUUCUUUUCCCAAAAUGUAACAAUGUAUCAAUAUAAGCUACAAUAAAUGUAUUAAUUAA